CAUCUCGAAGAAAAAAUAAAAUAAAAUAAAGACCAGAAGGAAGUGAGGGAGGGGCUAUGCCAGGAUCUGGGGGACCUGCGUUACAGACCCAGUGCAGAAAAAGAAAAAAAAGAAUUUCAGCAGAUCCAGAGGGCUGGUCUGUUCAAGGAACCUGAGGGAGGCCAGUGUGGCUGGAACACAGGGGAAACAGGGAGAGUGUGGGGAGCCAGAACAGAAAGAGGACAAGUGCAGAUCGCACAAGUCCUCCUGGGCUGCAAGGAGAGAGUUGGGCUUUGCUCUGAGUCAGGUGAGAGCCAUGGAGGGUUCUGAGCAGAGGAGGGGCGUGCUCGGCCCAGGUGUUCACAGGCGCCCUCUGGUGGCGGAGUGAGGAACAGUCUUCGGAGGUGAGGGUGGACUCCGGGAGACCCAGGAUGUGACUUCACUCAUCCAGACACGCGCGGCGGUGUAGGUUGUGGAAGUGGAGAGACGCAGACGAACGCUGGGUGAUGUUGAAGAUGGAACUGACAGGUUCAGGAGCUGCAGGAUUCCCUCUUGAGACUGGAACGUUUCCCACGUCUUUCCCACAGCCAAGCAGGUGGCUCAGGCAGUGGCUCUAGCAGCUCUGAGGCAGACAGGGAACCCUGGGAGACUCAGGACUCCUUCUCUCUUGCUCACCCCCUGCUUCAGCGCCUCCACAGCCAUUCUAGCACCCAGAUCCUUGGGCCUCUCCCCACUCAGCCCCUCAGUCCGGAGGUGCACAUCAUGGAAACCCACAUGGAGCAACUCCGGGGGAACAUUGAGAAGCUCAAAUGCUUUAACCGUCUGCUAUCAGCUGUGCUCCAGGGAUACAAGGGCCGUUGUGAGAGCCUCAGCAUGCAGCUAGGUCAGCGGGAGGCUGAGGCCACAGCGUUGCAACUGGCCUUGCAGUACAGUGAGCAUUGUGAGGAGGCAUACAGGGUCCUGCUUGCUCUGCGGGAGGCCGACUCAGGAGCAGGAGCCGAAGCCCCCAUGGGUGACCUGCAGGAAGCUGAAAAGGAAGCAUGGAGGCUGCUGGCACAAGAGGAGACCACCAGGGACGCAGGGGCACUGCAGAAUCCACAGCCAAGCCCUGAGGGCAGCAGUGUGGACAAGCCCACAGAGGAAGUGGCUUUCCAGCUCCGAAGCUAUGCGCAGCGUCUCCAGGAGCGUUGUGCUCUAGUGAAGAUUCUCUCGGAGCCUGGCCCCACCUUGGCACCCAUCCCCACUCUGCCCCGUGCAGAAGUCAUGGUGCAGGCCAUUCUGGGGACCCAGCAUGGCCCAGCUCUGCCCCGGCUGGAGAAGACACAAAUUCAGCAGGACCUGAUAGCCACAAGGGAGACCCUGGCGGACCUGAUGCUUCGGCUGCAGCUGGUGCGGCGUGAGAAGCGGGGCCUAGAGCUUCGGGAGGCCGCCCUCCGAGCCCUGGGCCCGGCUCACGCGCUGCUGCUGGAGCAGCUGCGGUGGGAAUGGGCAGAGCUCCGGGCUGGUGGGGCAAACAGUAGUGGCGGAGACAGCAGCGGAGGGCCUUCCUGCUGUCCCUGGUGGCACCAGUGGCGUUGACGGUGGCCAGGUGGGCAAAGCGUGGGACCCAGAGAAGUUAGCCCAGGAACUGGCGGUGUCACUUACCAGGGCAGCGGACCUGCGGGAGCAGCUGCAGUCUCUGCGUGGGGAGCUGGAACGCAUGGCUCAGAAGGGGCGAGCCAGACGGUCUCAGAGUGCCGAGCUGAACAGGGACUUAUGCAAAGCCCACAG